AUGCCCUUGGACACAGUAUAUUUGACGCGUCAUGGCCACCGCCUCAAUUGGACCAUCGACCACAAAACAGGCACAUACAAAGCCCUGUUCCCAACUCCAACCGGAAAUCCCGCCGACCCAACCCUAACCUCCCAUGGCGUCCGGCAAUCGCACGAGCUGGCCGCGCACAUCGCAAGCCCAGGGUUCCAGCCUAAGCCGUUCCGCGUAUACUGCAGCCCCUUCUACCGCUGUCUGCAGACGAUCCAGCCCGCCGUCGAGGCGCUAAAAGCAAAGCAGCAGCAGCAGCAGCACGAGCAGAGCAGCGAUAUCGAGCCGGGCGCGGACUUUGACGUCAGGAUCGAGAAUGGGAUAGGGGAAUGGUUCGGCCCAACCUCCUUUUUCCAACAUCCCUCCCCUGCCACACCUGCAACCCUCCAUUCCCACUUCCCCAGCAUCCUCCCGUCCAACCCCUCAAAGCACAACCCGCACCUCAUCCCCUCACCCCGCGGCGAGACCAUCGCCCAGCUGCACGAUCGUCUCGCGACCGCGCUGGCAGGCAUCAUCGCCGACGUGGACGCCGAGAUCGCGGCCCUGGAGGCAUCGCAGCGGCCCGACCAGCGCACCAGCAAGGCGCUACUUAUCUGCUCGCAUGCGGCGCCGCUGAUUGCCAUGGGCCGGGCGUUGACGGGCGCGAUGCCGGAGGAUAGCUCGAUGGAGGACUUUUUUGUCUUUACGGCUGGGUUGAGUACGUUUCGGCGGAGACGAGACGAAGUUGGUACCCCUGGGGCUGGGGCGGAGGUGUCGACUACGGAGUCGUUGGCUGCAGGGACGAAGAUCCUGCGGGCUGAGACGAGGGUGCCGGAUUGGCGGGGUGGGAAGGGUGUUGGGGGUGGAUGGGACUGUGUGAAGAAUGGGGACUGUGGGUUUCUCAGUACGGGCGCUGAGAGGGGCUGGCACUUCAAUGGAGAGGAGUCGUUUGAUACUGGGCCGAUGGCGCCGCCGUUCGAGGUUCCUACCGCCCCUCAGGAUACGGCAUCAGCGAAGCUCGGCCUGAAGUUGUGA